AUGAACAUAUCAAAACAAUUGUUAAAUGGAACACAACGAUUAUGUAGAUUCAUAAAACCUACGUCGUCAUCGUCAAUCACAUCAUCAUCGACAAUGAAUAGAUCGUUUUCAACUCGUAGUCAUCAUGAUCAUGAUUCACCUCCACCCCCAAUGGACGCUCAAGAAAAGAAAAGACUAGAAGAAGAACUCAAACAAAUGGAAGAAGAGUAUGAAAGAGAACAUGGAGAAUAUACAAACCCCAAAACAGGUGAAAUCGGAGGUGUUAGAGGUCCAGAACCAACAAGAUAUGGUGAUUGGGAAAGAAAAGGAAGAACAUCUGACUUUUAA